UUUAUAUUGUUCGCGUUCAAAACCAACCUAUAACGAAAAUUGACGAAAUUUUUUAACUUUAUUUGCAGAGUACUAAAAGUACAGAAAAUAAAUUGUGUUUUUUUAAUUAAAAAAAGACAAUUACGUAUUUUAAUAACAAUGCUGAGGAAAAAUGGUCAAAUAUAUGGAGAAUGUGUAGACGAAAUUGCUCUUUAAUUAAGAGUAAGAUUAAAUGCAGUAAACAAAUACAACAAGUGCUUAAUUCUUAACCUUAGUGAAAAUGACGACAGCCUUGUAUUUGGAGCAUUAUUUAGACAGUUUGGAGCAUUUACCAAUUGAGUUGCAGAGGAAUUUUACCUUGAUGAGAGAUUUAGAUGCGAGGGCACAAACUCUUAUGAAAGAUAUUGACAAAUUAGCGGAUGAUUAUUUAAAGACUGUGAAAGAAGAGCAAAAUGAUAAGAAUAAUGAUCAACUGCAACAAAUACAAAAUAUGUUCACUCAAGCGAAAGCCUAUGCGGACGACAAGGUGCAACUUGCAAUUCAAACUUACGAGUUAGUCGAUAAACAUAUUCGAAGAUUAGACUCGGAUUUAGCGAGGUUUGAGGCUGAGAUUCAGGAUAAAGCUUUAAGCAGUAGUCGAGCACAGGAAGAAAGUGGAGCAAGUAAAAAGGGUCGAAAGAAACUUAAAGAGAAGGAGAAACGUAAAAAGGGCACUGCUAAUGCAAGCAGUGAAGAUGAAACCAAAAAUGCGAGGAAGAAACAGAAGAAGGCUACUUCGACUGGAGCUGUUGGUAGUGGAGCACAAGCAGACGCUUCUCUAGGUCAUCCAGCGGACGUUUUAGACAUGCCAGUUGAUCCAAAUGAGCCAACAUAUUGCUUAUGUCAUCAAGUUUCUUACGGCGAAAUGAUUGGUUGUGAUAACCCAGACUGUCCCAUUGAAUGGUUCCAUUUCACUUGCGUUGGACUUACAACGAAACCCAAAGGAAAGUGGUAUUGUCCAAAAUGCACGCAAGAUCGUAAAAAGAAAUAAAUCAUAGAUUAUUAAAAUUAGGUAAAUUUGUAAAAAGGCAAUUAACAAAUUUUUUGUAUUAAAUUUUUUAAUAUUUA